CCGUGAAAUGUUUCUUGUUUUGAUCAUUUGCGUAGUAGAAAACUUGAAACAAAAGCGGGAAGACGAAUGAAUUUGCUGUCCACGAAGAUGAUGGCAUAACUCAACAUUUUCACAUGGCAUUGGGCGAACGUCGACAGCCGCUGCGUCACAAUUUGGAGCAUUUACGCUCGCCUGGCUGACCGAGGCUACCUGCGAUACCAUGUACCAACCAGGAGGAGCACGCACAAACGUUCCGUUUGCUAGCUACCACCGCCCCGCAACCAGAACAGAAGAGAACAGAAUUGCAGGCUGGACACAAUGAGGCCGCAGAUCGUGCUGUUUGGCGAUUCAAUCACGGAGCAGUCUUUCAGAUCAGGCGGCUGGGGUGCUUCCCUCGCCGACACUUACUCUCGCAAGGCUGAUGUCUUCAAUCGUGGCUAUGGCGGGUACAACACCAGAUGGGCUUUGUUUUUGCUGCAUCACCUCUUCCCUCUCGAUUUGAGAAAGGCUCCUCCUGUUGCGGCCACUGUCUUCUUUGGGGCUAAUGAUGCGGCUCUGUUGGGCAGAACUAGCGAAAAGCAACAUGUUCCCUUGGAUGAAUAUAAGGAGAACCUCAGGAAGAUUGUCAAGCAUUUGAAGAGAGUUUUUCCCCCCAACAGAUGGAAAUUUUAUGUGCAGGAAUCUUCACCUGCCAUGCUGGUCGUGCUUAUUACUCCACCACCAGUAGAUGAGCCAGGGCGUAAAGCAUAUGCCAAAUCAGUAUAUGGUGAGAAAGCUAUGGAAUUCCCCGAGAGGACAAAUGACAUGGCUGGAGUUUAUGCUUGGCAAUGUGUGGAUUUGGCCAAGGAACUGGGUGUGUGGUCCAUUAAUCUAUGGUCCAAGAUGCAGGAAACUGAUGGCUGGCAGCAAAAAUACCUGAGUGAUGGUCUACACCUGACACCGGAAGGAAAUGCAGUGGUGUUCGAGGAAGUAGUAAACGUGUUCAGUGAAGCGUGGCUAUCUCCUGCAGAAAUGCCAUUGGAUUUCCCUCACCAUUCUGAAAUUGAAGGGGAAGACCCCGAGAAAGCUUUCCAAUAUCUGUGCUUGUAGCUUUGAGGAGGCUUGUAUCUAUUUUUCCUCAAGAGGAUCGAUCGCUUGGUUGGUUUGCUGCUGGAUUUGAAGGCCCUCAUUGGCAUAUCGUCCCAUGACAUACUGUCAUGGUUGGAAGAAAUUGGAGUCACAACUCCUGAAGUGUUUAAUCUUUUAGCAUACAGAUAGCAAAGUAAAUCCGAUAUGGUAAAACAUGGUGAGCAGAGUUCAACUCAAGUAUCUUUCUAUUUUGGAAGUUCCCUACUUGAUCAUAUCGCAUUAUCCUAUGCUUCAAAACCAAACUAAUUCCAUAUUGAACCAAUUGUAUUGACAAUAAUGAGAAUUGGUCUUUUCGAUUAUAUGUUAAUAUACGAAAUUUUA